GAAUUAUGGACCGUAAUUGCCGAGCUAGCUAGAAUUUCCUUUCAAUAUCAGCCUAACGACCCUAUUGGUUUCGAUUGUCCGAUCUAGUCGUGACGUAGAAACUCUUCCUCGUACUCUUUUCAUACUCAUCGUGUCCGUUUAGCUGAAAUCAGACACGCUUAGAGGCGACUUUUGAGUCGACUGAAAAGUCGCUCGCUUAGGCACCUCGUCACGCUUGUCCUGCCGUUAUUGUCCGUUCCUGACGGGACCUCGCAGCAUGGCUAACCAAACGGCUACACGGAGUGCAGCUGCGGUCACAGUAACGGAGCAAACAGCCGUGGUAGAUCAAGUGGUGAUCCGAUUGGCGCCGAGACGGAGAGUGCAGUGGACGGAGGGAACAGUGGACAACGAGCACAUGGGCAAGAAGAAGUCCAAGAAGUGCUGCAUUUUCCACAAGCAACGGCCCUUUGGCGAGAGCAGCAGCAGCAGCAGCAGUAGCAGCAGUGACAGUGACAGUGACAACAACGAGAGUGGUAACAACGGGGUGGGAAGAGGGCGAGAUGAUGCUAUGGGCAUGGGAGGAGGCGACCCAGAUGGUGGUACCUCAGGGCGAGGAGGAGGAGGGGCAAGAGGAGCAGUAGCAGGUGCAAAUGGGUCUGCUCAUUCCUCCUCCUCUCCACCGGAGGAUGUGGAGGGGAAUGGCGAAGGGGCGGGCACUGGUAGGAGGAGACGGCGGCACAGUCACAGACAUAGGAGGCAUUGCCACGGGCACUGUGGAGAUGGGGAGGGAGAGGAGGAAGGGGAGGGAGAGGGGGGAGAGGAGGGAAGGGACGGAGAGUCAAGGGGAGAAGACACGGGUGUGAGAAGUGAGACGGGGGAAGCUGGUCCCUCUCUAUAAGGGCGAGUCGGCCUGUCCACACUUAUUCUCUGGGGGAUUUUCAGGUUAGACUAAGAGGACCUCAGCCAUGGACUCCACUCCACCAAUGGAAGCGGAGGGAAAUGGUGAAGGUGGGAGCACUGGGCGGAGGAGAGGAGACGGAGGCACUGCCGCAGACAUGGGAAGCAUUGCCAUGGGCACUGCGGGGAUGGGGAGAGUGAAGUGACUUUUGAGUCGACUCAAAAGUCACCUCAGAGGCACAGUCUCAGACAUGGGAAGCAUUGCCGUGCGCAAUGUGGGGAUGGGGAGGAUGGAGGGGGAAAAGGGGGAGAGGAGGGAGGGGAGGGAAAACUAGGUGAAGAUGGCAAGGGUAUGAGACGAGAUACAGGGGGACUAGGGUGAGUCAGGGUGAGUCAGCCUGUCUGCAUGUAUUUUCGGGGCAGUUUUAUUCAGUACACUAUUUUCCCAGCCAUGGAUUCUUCUACACCUUGGGAUUUUGAGGGGUUUUGUGAAGGGGGAGCAGCACUGGGAGGAGGAUGUGACACAGGCACAGUCGCUGGCAUGGCAUGGGAAGCGUUGCCAUGGGUGGCACUGCAGGAGCGGGGAGGGAGAGUCGGGUCGAGUGGAGGAGGAAUUUAAAAAUUGUUUCGGGGAACAUACGUGGUGGCAGCUGAGUUGUGGUGAAUAAGGGUUUCGGGUUCACAAAAUGUGGAAGGUCAAGGUCGAGUAAUGUCAAGCUAAUGAAUGAUGGGAUAUUUUUCCAUGACGCUUGUUCGUAAAUGGUGAUUCGUUAUAUUUUGAAGUUUCUAUUGCUACAAACC